AUGUUGACCAGCCAGCCAGACCAGCCAAAGACAUUGACCAACCAUGUCGUGAUGGUGGAAGUGUCGCGGGAGCUGUGGAUCCUGAGUGCCGAGCGCGGGGUGGACGGACUCAAGCAUCUCUCCCUCUCUGAGGCGGCAAACUUGGGUGCCGCUCUCGCCGAGGUGUACAAGACAAUGCAGGAUGGGACGACCAGCGGGGAGGCGUUCAUGAGGUAUUUUGUGGCACUGUCCCAACGCUUGGAGCGCGAGUUCGCAGAAGGUGCCACCUCCAGGUGUCCUUCGCCUGAAGCUGUGGCCAAGCUCGUAACCGCUUUCGGAGAUGUACGUUGCCACGAGGCGGCCGGGAUUUCGCAGAGGAUAAGCAGGAAAUGUUUACUGCCUGCGCUGCUGCGCAGCUCGACGGUGCCAGUUCGCUCCGUGGCCCAGGCCCUGUCUAACCUUCAGGUCUGCGACGAGGACUUGAUGCAGGACGCAAAGUUUGACGUACAUUUCGGCAGUUUCUGCAGAUGUGUUCUGCUUUUAUAUUUCACCAGCGACGUGGAGAGCGCCAAUGUGAUUGCGUCACUGGUGACGGUGAGGAAUCUUCACUGUCGCAGCAGCUCAGAAGUGUGCUCCGCCAAACUGCUAAGCGGGAGGACGGUUUCCUGCAAAAAGCAGCGGGCAGAGAGGUGCAGCCGGCGGAGACCGUUCCUGCCGCCAGUGUGUGGUCCAGUCGCGCAGCAGCCGCUUGCACUGCGGUGGAGGCCAAGCAUGCAGGAGCCAAAAGGCUCCUGGCCGGCCGUCUGCGAUCAGUGCAGGUUUUGCAGGACAUCUGGGCGGCAGGUGAUGCCGCGGGGCUUGUGCAAGUGCUGGAGGCAUGUGGGGAUGACUCCUUGA